AUGGCGCCCGGCAGCACGGAUUCGGACUCGGUCGGCGAGGUCGAGAGGGAGAUGGAAAAGGUGACCUCGCUGGCCCAGCUCACCGAGAAAUGGGAUGAUACGAUUCGCUUCUACCUUAACGGCACCAAGGUCGCCGUCGACACUGUCAAUCCAGAAGUGACGCUCCUGGAAUACUUGCGAGGGGUUGGGUUGACUGGAACGAAGCUGGGAUGUGCGGAAGGCGGCUGCGGCGCUUGUACAGUGGUCGUUUCCCACCUCAAUCAAACAACGAAGAAGAUUUAUCAUGCUUCCGUUAAUGCCUGUAUCGCCCCUCUGGUUUCGGUCGACGGUAAACACGUCAUCACAGUUGAGGGAAUUGGAGAUGUGAAGAAACCACACGCCGUCCAGCAACGAAUCGCAGUCGGUAAUGGAAGUCAAUGCGGUUUCUGUACACCCGGAAUUGUCAUGAGCCUUUACGCUCUUCUAAGGAACGACCCGACUCCUUCGGAACAUGAUGUCGAAGAAGCCUUCGACGGUAACCUGUGCCGUUGCACAGGAUAUCGACCAAUUCUCGAUGCUGCUCAGAGCUUCAACUCCCGCAACAACUGUGGCAAGGCCUCCUCUAAUGGAGGCUCUGGGUGCUGUAUGGAGAAAAAUGGCUCUGGUGGCUGCUGCAAAGGUUCUGCGGCCGCUGUCGAGACAGCCGAGGCCGAUGAGCCCAAAUUUCCUGCUCCCGAGUUUAAGAAAUACAGUCCUGAUACCGAGUUGAUCUUCCCGACAGCUCUCAGGAAACAUGACUUUGCGCCCUUGGCCUUUGGCAAUAAGAGGAAGAAGUGGUAUCGUCCUGUGACGGUGGAACAACUGCUACAGAUUAAGAGUAUACACCCCGAGGCUAAACUAAUUGGUGGAAGUACGGAAACGCAGAUCGAGAUUAAAUUCAAGGCCAUGCGAUAUGCUGCGUCUGUAUAUCUUGGCGAUAUCCCCGAGCUGCGACAAUUUAGCUUCCAUGAUGAUUGCCUGGAGAUUGGUGCGAAUGUGUCAUUAACGGAUUUGGAGCACAUUUGUAUGCAGGCAGUCGAAAAAUACGGCCCAACUCGUGGCCAGCCCUUCAAAGCAAUCAAGAAACAGCUUCAAUACUUUGCUGGGCGACAAAUUCGAAAUGUCGCUUCGCCAGCUGGAAAUUUGGCGACUGCCUCUCCAAUUUCCGAUUUGAACCCUGUGCUCGUUGCAACGAACACUAUCCUUGUUGCCAAGUCACUGAAUGGAGAGAAGGAAAUCCCCAUGACCGAGUUCUUCCAGGGAUAUCGUAAAACAGCUCUUGCGCCGGAUGCCAUCAUUGCCAGUCUCCGCAUCCCUGUUGCUCAGGAGAAGGGUGAGCAUAUGCGGGCCUAUAAACAAUCCAAGCGAAAGGAUGAUGACAUUGCUAUUGUUAACUCUGCGCUUCGCGUGUCGCUGUCUGACACCAACGAUGUCAUCAGCUGCAACCUUGUGUUCGGCGGUAUGGCCCCAAUGACUGUCUCUGCAAAGAAUGCGGAGGCCUUCUUGGUUGGUAAGAAAUUUACAAAUCCGGCAACUCUAGAAGGGGUCAUGGCUGCUCUUGAAAAGGACUUCAAUUUGCCUUUCGGCGUUCCUGGUGGCAUGGCAACCUACCGAAAGUCUUUGGCUCUUGGUUUCUUCUACCGAUUUUACCACGAUGUUCUCUUGGGGAUCGAAGUUAAGGCAGAGGAUCUGGAUCCUGAUGUCAUCGCUGAAAUCGAAAGAAGUAUCUCCUCGGGCCAGAAGGAUAAUGAGGCCUCUGUCGCAUAUCAACAAAAAAUUCUUGGCAGGGCUACGCCUCAUGUUGCAGCACUCAAGCAAGCUACUGGCCAGGCUCAAUACACCGAUGACAUUCCUGUACUGCAAAAUGAACUGUUUGCCUGCAUGGUCCUAUCGACCAAGGCACACGCCAAGAUUCUGAGUGUUGACGCGUCAGCAGCAUUAGAUAUCCCUGGUGUUGUUGACUAUGUCGACCACAAAGACCUUCCCAACCCUAAGGCAAACUGGUGGGGAGCUCCCGUUUGCGACGAACUUUUCUUCGCUGUCGAUGAGGUCAACACUGCUGGGCAACCGAUUGGUGUCAUUUUGGCACAGACAGCCAAGAUCGCCGAAGAAGGAAUGAGAGCUGUCAAAGUGGAAUAUGAGGAUCUCCCCGUCAUUCUUAGCAUUGAGGAGGCCAUUGAGGCCGAGUCCUUUUUCGAACACUAUCGCUAUAUAAAGUGUGGCGAUACGGAGGAGGCCUUCAAGAAUGCCGAUCACAUUUUCGAAGGGACAUCCCGUAUGGGUGGCCAAGAACAUUUCUACUUGGAAACGCAGGCGUGUGUUGCCAUCCCCAAGCCUGAGGAUGGCGAAAUGGAAAUUUGGAGUGGUACUCAGAAUCCCACAGAGACCCAAGCCUAUGUGGCCCAGGUCACUGGGGUUGCUCAUAACAAGAUUGUAUCUCGCGUUAAACGCCUUGGUGGUGGAUUUGGCGGCAAAGAGACACGCUCCGUCCAGCUGGCUGGAAUUUGCGCGACCGCUGCCAAGAAGACCGGUCGACCAGUUCGCUGCAUGCUGAAUCGUGACGAAGACAUUCUGACAUCGGGGCAACGCCAUCCAUUCUACUGCAAGUGGAAGGUCGCUGUCAGCAAGGAAGGCAAACUCCUUGCUCUCGAUGCCGAUGUGUAUGCCAAUGGUGGCCAUACGCAAGACUUGUCCGGUGCUGUUGUGGAGCGAAGCUUGUCCCACAUUGAUGGCGUUUACAAGAUUCCAAACGUUUUUGUUCGCGGCAGAAUCUGCAAGACUAACACUGUUUCCAACACGGCAUUCCGUGGCUUUGGAGGCCCCCAGGGUUUAUUCUUCGCAGAGUCCUACAUAUCAGAAAUUGCUGACCAUCUCAAUAUUUCCCCCGAGGAUCUGCGGGCUAUGAACAUGUAUAAGCCCGGUGAAACCACUCAUUUCAACCAGGAGCUGAAAGACUGGUAUGUACCUCUGAUGUAUAACCAAGUACUGGAAGAGAGCAAUUACAUGGAGCGCCGGAAGGCCGUGGAAGAAUAUAACAAGACGCACAAAUGGUCCAAACGUGGUAUGGCUAUUGUACCAACCAAGUUCGGUAUCUCCUUCACAGCCCUGUUCUUGAAUCAGGCCGGUGCUUUGGUACACAUUUACCACGAUGGCAGCGUGCUUGUAGCUCACGGCGGCGUGGAAAUGGGCCAGGGUCUUCACACUAAGAUGACCAUGAUUGCCGCGGAAGCCCUUCAAGUGCCUCAAGAGAACGUGUUUAUUGCUGAAACCGCUACCAACACUGUGGCCAACACAUCUUCCACAGCAGCAUCAGCUAGUUCCGACCUUAAUGGCUACGCCAUUUUCAACGCUUGCGCACAGCUGAACGAGCGUCUUGCUCCCUACCGUGAGAAGAUGCCAAAUGCCACCUUGGGUGAACUCGCACAUAAGGCAUACUUUGACCGAGUCAACCUUUCCGCGCAGGGAUACUACCGCACCCCGGACAUUGGUUACGUGUGGCAUGAGAACAGCGGCCAAAUGUUCUUCUACUUCACACAAGGCAUCACUGCCUCUGAGGUUCAGAUUGAUACCUUGACUGGUGACUGGACACCUCUUCGUUCGGAUAUCAAGAUGGAUGUCGGUCGUACUAUCAACCCAUCCAUUGAUUACGGCCAAAUUGAGGGUGCCUACAUCCAAGGCCAGGGUCUUUUCACCACCGAAGAGAGCCUGUGGCACCGUGCCUCCGGGCAGAUCUUCACUCGCGGGCCGGGUAACUACAAGAUUCCUGGCUUCCGCGAUAUCCCGCAGAUUUUUAACGUCAGCCUGCUCAAGGACGUGGAGUGGGAGAACCUGCGGACCAUCCAGCGCUCUCGUGGCAUCGGCGAGCCGCCCUUGUUUAUGGGCAGUGCGGUUUUCUUCGCCAUCCGCGAUGCUCUCAAGGCUGCGCGGAAACAGUGGGGUGUGACAGACGUUCUCAGCUUGGUCAGUCCUGCCACUCCCGAGCGAAUCCGUGUUAGUUGUGCCGAUCCCAUCGUGGAGCGGGCGCGGGUUCAGCCGAAGGAGGGGGAGAAGAGCUUCUUUGUUGCGAUUUAG